AUACAUCGUUUUGUAGAAAAUAUUAUUUGUAAAUAUUUGUAGACUCUAUGAAACAGCAGUAUAGCGUAAAUAACAAAAUGAAAAAGUCUCCUUUAAGUACACCGAGUGGUAGUAAAGGAAAGAAAAAUUACAAUUGGAAGUCGCACGAACAUAAAAGUAGAACAGGUUAUAGUUAUGUUAAAAGUGAUAGUUAUCAGUGUACUUCACCAAAUGGUGGUCAAAGACAGUCUGGAAAUGACUUUAUUCCUUUAAAUAUUAGUACACCAAUGCCAGAACAGAACAGAAGACACAGUAGUAAUUGGCAUGGUUCUGGAGGUCGUAAUCAUCGUAAUUCAGGUAGUGGUGGAUUUAACCAUUACAGGAACAAUUAUCAUGCAAGCCCAAAAUCAAAUUUCAAUAAUUUAUACUCUCCUUACAAGCUUCUCAGCAAGCAAUUUUAUAAUCACAAAAAGGGAUACCAAAAGGAUUCGCGCAAACAGAUUGACAUAUCAUGCUAUUUAGAUAUGAAAUCUUUUUUAGAAGAUCCUUGGGCAGAAUUAACGAAAAAGUUAAACGAAUCGACAGAAACGAACGAAGAUGAAUUCCCUAAACUUGAACAGUUGUUUUCACCACAAUCGAUUUAUGUAGAUUCAGAACCAAAUUCUGAAUGUAAAUCUGUAACAAAUGUUGAUAAUUCUUGUUUUAGCCCGGAAUCUAAAAAUGAAUCUUCCGUAGAUGUAAAUUUGGGAUUGAAUGAUACAAAUAUUAGUAGUAGCGUAUCAAGAACAGAAAGCUCGAUAGAUAUAAAAUUUGACAAUGUAAGAUUUAGCGAAGAAUCUAAAAAUAAUAGCAUUUGCAAUAAUAAUGAUAAUACUAGUGAAAAUAUUCGAGAUGAAAAUAAUGUUAAUAACAUUUGUAUUUCAAAGACAGAUAUGGUUCAGAAUUUUACAUAACAGUAACAAAAGAUAAAGUGCACUUUUAAAGAGAAUAAUUACUCUUUAAUCGAGUGCAAGAUAUAUUAAAUUUUGUAUAUAUGAAUAUCCAUUGUAUAUAGAUAUUGCAAAAUCUAUGAAACAAUUGUUUCAAAUUUUUGAAAUAAUAUUCUAGGAUAUGGAUAAAAAAAUGAAGAAUUUUUUUAGUAAUGUAAAUUUUUUUUUCUCUAUUAUAAAGGUAGUCGUAUGACAAAAGCAUAUCUAACAUAUAUGCUAAAUACAAUGUAUUAAAAUUACAUUUUAAAUUAUAUUUUCACAAGAAGGCUGUGAAAAAGAUGAAUGUAGUUUACAUGAAAAAAUAAUACAUGUGCAAUUCUUUAGUAUGUACUAAAAAAAAAGAAGUACAUAUGGAAUAUAAGGGAACAUUAAAACACCAAUUUUCUUAAUAAUAGAUUAAGUCUUUAAAAACAGUUGAAGAUAUAGCUCAAACGCUAUAAUAUAAAUUUAAUUUAUAAUUUCUAUUUUCUAUUUGCUUAAGCUAUCGAUUUUUUGAAAGAAAAUUUAUAAACUUUAAAGUAAAAAUCCGUUGAAUAUCGAUUAUUGAUUUUAAUUUAAUAAUCUAUAUAUCUAUAUGUACUCUUUUUCAUAAUAAUACAAAAAUAUAUAAAGAAUUGACAGUGUAUAUUGUAACAUGCAUAUAGCAAAUGCAAUGCAUUAUACACAGAUGUAGAAUUAAGUAAUCAUAAAUCAUGUGCAAACUUAUGCGAGAUUAACUUUAAAUCUUUUGUUAACAGUACCAUUAUUAUGCAGGAUGAGUCGCACAAGAAUAUCAAAAUAUUUUAUUUAUUUGUCAUUGUGUCAAAAAAUUCGGAAUAAUGUUAUACCGUUUGAAGGUAUACAUGAAAUGGUGAAAAAAAUUCUUCUCAAUUCUUAUAAAUGUUUUCUUUUUUGCAUUUAAACUUUCAUAAAAAAAAUAGAAUGCUUAUUACACGUACCUUCAAAUAUCGUAACUUUGUUCUUCUUUAGUACAAUAAUAAAUGGAAGAAAUAUUUGUGUUUCCUUUCUAAUAAUGUCUCAUCCUGUAUACAUGUAAUUUUUUUAUUUAUAAAUCAUGACAUAAAAUUUGUCGUAAAAUAUAUAUUUUAUUUGUACAUAUUGAAAAUAACAUAAAAGCAUGAAAUAUAAGAUAUUAAAUUUAUAAAAUUAAUACAAUAAAAAUUAGAAUAUUAGAUUUAUAUGAUCGUUAAUGUAGAUAAAGUAAUACAUGAAAAAAUUGUUUAUUUCUGAACUUUACACACUUUUAUAGUAUGUCUAAAUGAGUGAUGGACUAUAGAAAGUGAUAAAAAUGUCCAAUAUGUUCGAUUAAUAUGCUAACUUAAUGUACAAAAUGAUCUGGUACAAAAUUUACAUAAUUUAAGAUAAUUCCAGUUUAUUUCAAAAUUGUGAUUUUACAUGAUUGUGCAAAAGAUGUAAUUGAUGUCUAAAACAUUAAUUGUAUAAAUAAUGUGUACAAGAAAAAUAUACCUAAAAAUAUAUAUAUAUAUAUACAUAUAUAUAUAUGUA